CACAUCCCUCCCCCAUCCUCUCACACCCACCACUGCAAAUUCUCUCUCUCUCUCUCUCUCUCUCUCUCUCUCUCUCUCUCUCUCUUUCCUGGGAAAAAAGAUUGAAAGAAAGCUCCUUUUUCUUUCUCCAAAACUGCCCAGAGAUGAUCAUCACUGAUCAAGAAACAACAGUGAGAGAAAUCAAACCCAAAAGCAGAAGAAUCAUGGGUGGUGGAGGUCCUGAUUAUGAUGAUGAUGAUGAUGAUGAUGGAGGUGAUGUUGAUAAUAAAGAAGAUAUCAAGUGGCCGCCAUGGUUGCGUCCUCUUCUUCAAACAAGCUUCUUUGUGCAAUGUAAACUUCAUGCUGAUGCUCAUAAGAGUGAAUGUAAUAUGUAUUGCUUGGAUUGCAUGAAUGGAGCCCUUUGUUCUCUCUGUCUCUCAUUUCACAAAGAUCAUAGAGCCAUUCAGAUAAGGAGAUCAUCGUACCAUGAUGUGAUUAGAGUUUCUGAGAUUCAGAAAUAUUUGGACAUAACAGGAGUUCAGACGUACAUCAUCAACAGUGCUAGAAUUGUGUUCUUGAAUGAAAGGCCUCAGCCAAGGCCUGGUAAAGGUGUCACCAAUACUUGUCAAGUCUGUGAGCGUAGCCUCCUUGAUUCUUUCAGUUUCUGUUCCCUUGGUUGCAAGAUUGUUGGGACAUCAAAGAAAUUCAGGAAGAAGAAAAUAAGAAAGGAAAUGGAAGGAUCAGACACAGAAGAAUCAAUGAAUGGAAACAGCGUUAUCAGAGAAAAAGGAAAUGGAAAUGGGAAUAAAAGGAAAAUUCAAAGCUUUACACCAUCAACACCACCACCAACUUCUGCAAGUUACAGAGCUACAGCAAAGAGGAGAAAGGGGGUCCCCCAUAGAUCCCCAAUGGGAGGAUUCAUCAUAGAAUACUAGCCACUCAUCAAGUCUUCAUUAUAUAUAUACACACAAAUCUGCAGAACCCAGUAGCUAGGCUGGUCACUGAGACACCUGAGCCUUUGAGCCAUAGGAGGCCGGUGUUGGAUAUAGUGAUCUUAUGAAACUCCAUAAUGUUGUUGUAUAUAGAAAGAAAAAGAAAUAAGUGAAAUGGAGAAGUGACCAAGAAAGAAAGAGGAAGAAGAAAAAAGAAAAAUAAUGUUAUUGAAAUGGGGGUGUUAGAUUUGAGAUCAUGUAGGCUUUUGAUACUAAUUUGUGAUUAGUGCAAUAUGUACAUAAUUAAUUAUGGCAUGUAGCUUUGUUAAAAAAAAGAUGUAAUGCAUUGUGAAAAAUGAAUGAAUGCACCAAUUAAUUA